UCGGUUGCGCGAUGUGAACAUUCAUUUCUGAAUUAUCGUUGGUGUUACGUAGAUUUUGUGCUCAGAACUCAGUCUCGCAUAACAGGUGACCAAAGUCGAUCAAGGAUGAAAUCAAUUAUCGCCCUGCUGAUGAUUAUUGCCGUCGUACUUUCGACGACGGUCGUGGCGGAGGAUGAUGAAUACAUUCACCUGCCAGGGAAAAACUGUGAGGACGCACCGUCUUGUCCCGAUGGUAGACCUUGUGUGAUGGCACUACCUCAUUGUAAUAGUGGCACUUGUGGCACGGAUCCGGUACCGACAUGUGGGCCAAAACCCUCAAAAUCCUAAACUCAUGAGCCAGAAGGGAGAACUUAUACCGUAUCUUCAGUUCUUUAUGCUGCAUUUUUUCGCUUGUUGUGAUUAAUAAAAAAUAUUGAAAAUCGUUCAUAGAUAAUCACUGGGCGCUUAAGCGGUCCUUGUAUAGACGAUAAAUAUUAUUGCACAAUGUUAAACACAAAAUAAUAUAUGCUGUACGUAAAUGAUUAUUUGUUUUAAGUAUUUCAAAAGUUCGUAUCUCCGCAAGUCUAUGUUAAGUUCAUAACUAGCUUUAAAUUGAUUUAAAAUUAAUAUAAUUUGGAAUCCUAAUGAGUUUAAUACUACAAUCAGGUUAUUAAAUUGAAACAAAUUCUAUUUUUUUAUAUAAAGUCCCCCUUCUUCGAUUAAUUUUAUAAAAUAUUUUAACUUUCAGUUACUGUACGAAGUAUAACGUAUCCAGAAAAUUGAAACGUUUGAAAAUUGCACAGCAUUUGUAAAAACAGGAAGGUGAGGGGAUUUUGAUGUAGAAGGAGAUAAAAGUUAAGUAUUUAACGUAUACUUUCCUUUAUCUAGCGUUAUCAUUUUAUGCGAAAAAGCGUUAGUAAUUGUGCUUUUUUUAUAAAAAAUUGUUCAACUUCACUUGUCGAAAUAAAUAUACUUGCACGGAAA